AUGGCUGACUUUUCCAUAGCCUCUACCGAGUUUUCGAUUAGCUACGCUCGGUCCUUGAAUACUCGCGAAGCCCUCCCCUUUCUUCUCAAGCAAUACCAUGAAUGCCGUGCCCAUCAUGCACAAUGUACUACCCCGGAGUUGACAGAACUGGAUCAGUGCCCAUCGAGGCUCCUCGACGUUGGUCACGAGGGUAGCCCGAUCAUACUUCGUAACACGAAACUAUCCAAUAACAAGGAAUAUGUUUGCCUCUCCCACUGCUGGGGCCAUUCGAAGCCAUACACACUGAACUCGACAACAAAACAAGACUUGGAAAAGGGAAUUGAUGCAGAAAAGCUGCCGAAGACGUUCCAGGACGCCAUUCACGUGACUCGUUGUCUCUGUAUCCGGUACUUAUGGAUUGACUCGCUUUGUAUCAUUCAAGACAGCCAGACGGAUUGGGCAACUGAAUCUGGUCGUAUGGGCAAUAUUUAUGCACGCGCAUCAUGCACCAUUGCAGCAACCGCUUCGAGUGAUAGUGAUGGGGGACUCUUUUUUGAUAGGCAUCCGCAAAAGUCAUCACCAAUCCUUUUGAACAUUAGUUUCGAUCCCGAUACGCCAUGGCUCAGGUAUGAACAUGAAGUAUUCCAUCUGAUGGGCACCUAUCUUUGCGACUUAAAAAACAUAACCGCAGACUGUAUCGAACGGGCGCCGCUAAAUUCAAGAGCCUGGGUCAGCCAAGAGAGGCAGCUUUCUUGCCGAACUAUGCACUUUAGCAAUAGGCAGCUUUUUUGGGAAUGCCACGGAAACGAAACUUGUGAAACAUAUCCAAAUGGUAUUCCGGAAGGAGCACGACCAGGUGAGGGUGAUCAUGCCACCAUGUUAAAAAGACGUCUUCAUGAGUUCCAACAACAACAACGACAAAAGGGAGAAGCAUAUUCAAAUAGUAGCGAAUUGACACAGCGCCUGGGGUCAGGCUUGAAUGAUAGUCUUUACCGGGCUUGGUGUUCCUUCAGAAUAAAUUACUCCAGAAGCGCACUUACUCUGGACAGCGACAAGCUGGUAGCACUUCGCGGGAUAGCGAAACAAAUUGAAGAUGCCACAGGAGACGAACUUCUCGCGGGGCUCUGGAGAAGUCGGAUAAUCGAAGAACUAUGUUGGUUCAAAAACUUACAUAGCAACGAAACUCCUUCCGUCGAGCCUACAGAAUGGAGGGCUCCCACUUGGAGUUGGGCU